AUUGUCGCAUGUACUGAUGUCUCUAGUGGUUUGCGCAAUUAUUUGGUGUAGAUGUGAUAAUGGCUACGAAUAAUUAUUUUGGCUUUACUCACGGGGGAACACAAUAUAGUGCGGCUGCUACUGGUGCUUACCAAACCGGACAAGCGGGAUAUGCGGUAGCAACUCCAGCAUCAGCUGCUGCUACUUACGGUACCCAAAGGGCCACAUAUGAUACCGCAGCCUAUCAGGCUGCUGCAGCUGCAUCUCAAGGAACUUACGCAACUGCUGCACCCGCAUAUGAUUAUGGAUACGGACAAGCAACUGGUUAUACCACUGGAUACGAUCAGGCUGCAGCAGCAGCUGCUGCCGCUGUUGCCAAACCUGCUACAUAUGCAACCACUUACCCUCAAAGAGUGACGCAACCUCAGGCACAGGUAGCGACUGCUGUAUCAGCUGCAAAACCAGCACAAUAUACAGCAACAUACCAAGCGAAUCCUACAGGCUAUCCAACAACAUAUGCCCAGCCUGCCGUUCAGACAACAAUUGCUGCUCAACCUACAACACAAGCAAAGCAAAUUAAUUCUGCACCGACGUAUGCAGGAUAUGACGCCGCGUUAUAUUCUGCUGCCACGAUGUAUGUCGCUCAACAGACUGGAGUACAACAGAAAGCCGGGUGGCAGGGUUACAAAAAGGGGGCGCUCGCAGUCAAGAAUAUGAGGACAAAGGCCCCUCCGAAACCUCAGCAGUUGCACUAUUGUGAUGUUUGCAAGAUAAGUUGUGCUGGUCCUCAAACGUACCGAGAACAUUUAGAAGGACAAAAACAUAAAAAACGCGAGGCUGCAACCAAAAUGGCCGCCUCUGUAGCUGUUACUAGUCAAAAUCGUGCAGGAAAUUCUCUUAGAUGUCAGUUGUGUGAUGUCACAUGUACAGGUAACGAUGCAUAUGCUGCCCACAUUCGAGGAGCAAAACAUCAGAAAGUAGUUCUGCUUCACACCAAAUUGGGCAAACCUAUUCCGACUCAAGAGCCCGAGGUGGUGGGAGGCUCCAAAAAGUCUGUAUCCUCAACUUCGAAAAUAAAUUUCAUUCAGUCUGGUGGAUUGGGCAUCAAUUCUGGCAAUGGCGAUUCUUUGCUGAAAGAGGAAGAUGAUGACGUCCCUGAACCAGACAUUCAGCCAGUUGGUCAGGACUACAUUGAAGAGAUCAAGAGUGACGAUGGCAAGUUUGUUAUUAGUUUCAACUGUAAGUUGUGUGAAUGCAGAUUCAAUGAUCCCAAUGCAAAAGAAAUGCAUAUGAAAGGAAGGCGCCACAGAUUGCAGUAUAAGAAGAAAGUAAAUCCAGAUCUUGUGGUGGAUGUCAAACCUUCCCUUAGGCAGAGGAAGAUUCAAGAAGAAAAAAUGCGUAGAGCCGCAAUGAGAGAAGAAUUUUGGGCGAGACGACAUUAUGCAGAGAAUGCAGAAAAUAUGUAUUGGGAUGAGCGUCGACGAUACGAAGAAGAGUAUAUGGCAAUGGUUUCACAUGGUAACAUGGGACCUUACCCGAGAGGUCGACCUUUUCCUGGAGCCCCACCGCCGCCACCGUUCUUUGAAGGGGGCAUGCCCCGCAGACAGGAAUCCAAUGAUGACAAACACGUUAUGGCACGUCAUUCGGAGAUUUACCCGAAAGAGGAAGAGUUACAGGCUAUACAACGUAUAGUUUCUCACACAGAACGGGCGCUCAAAAUUGUAUCCGACCAGAUGGCCGAUGGUAAACCGAAAGAUGCCAAAGCUGGAGUUAAACCAGAUGCUGGUACUAAAGCCGAAGAUAAACCGGAAGUUAAUAAAGAAGAUGGACGGGACAACCAACUGUUUUCUUUCCAACAAGAUCGCGACACAAACAGAAUCCUGAAAGGCGUUAUGAGAGUGGGCCACCUUGUCAAGGGUCUUAUUCUACAAGGUGACUCAAACGUAGAACUGGUGGUGUUGUGCGCCGACAAGCCGACUCUCACCCUUCUGAAGAAGGUCGUCGAGCUGCUGCCACCCGCUUUAAAAACGGUCGCCCCAGAUCGUCCCUACAGUGUUACCAUUAACGCUGGUGAAGCGGGUCUCGUCAUCGGCGGAGGAGACGACAACCUAACUGUCCUUGUGCAGUUUACGAGUCCAGUCAUUAGAGAACAACAAGAAGCUGCGAGCGGCGGGUUCGACCGGGAUGUUCUCUCACGCGGCAAGUGUCUCCAGGCGCUGGCAGCCCUCAGACAUACCAAAUGGUUCCAGGUUUGUGUCUCUUAUCACAAUGCGUAUAAGCACAAAGUUCGGUUUUAUGACGAAUGGUGGAAAUGAAUCCAAAGAAAGUUUUUCCUUUGGCAGAGAGAUAUAUAAACGGUUGUUGG